GGGCUGCAACAGCAGACACAACUCAGAAGACACAAAGAUCCUCCUGUCCGUACACUUGUCACUAUGCUUCUCUCUCGACGUGCAUUCCUCUCCUUCGCUCUCUCCCACUACCUCUCUCCUUCCCAUUCUACCUUCGAUCCGAAAUUCCUCCGUUGUCGUGUUCUUCUGAUCCUCGUCCAUGGAUUCUCCCAUCGAAGACGACGAAAAGGAGGCAUUGGCAGCGCUCGACCCUGUCCCGCCGCCGCGUAAGACCCAUUCCUACAGCCAACAGUUUGAUCACCAGAAGCCGCACCACCACCACCAGACCCGCAAGCACAGUCUCGACGAAUCCGGCGCCGUCUAUUUCGACUCCUCCGAUGAAGAAUUCUCCGCUGAAGGAGUCGUCAUCGUAGACGGCACAGCCGCCGGAGAGGAUUACGUCGUCGUCACGCCUCCGUCUUCGUCCUCGCAGCCCAGCGAGAAUGGCGGCAGCGUCGCGGAGGACGGCUUCGAGCCUUUGCCGGAAUUCGUCGGAGCCGGCGGAGGCGCCGGGAUAUUCAAGGUGCCAGUGCGCGCCGCGGUGCAUCCCGGACGGCCUACGUGCCUGGAGCUCCGGCCGCAUCCGUUGAGGGAGACGCAGACUGGGAAGUUCCUGAGGAACAUCGCUUGUACGGACACGCAGCUUUGGUCGGGAUCGGAGAAUGGCAUGAGGUUCUGGAAUCUGGAGGACGCGUACGAGGUCGGCUGUGGAAUCGGUGGUCAGGUCCGGCGAGGGGAUGAGGAUACGGCGCCGUUUCAUGAGUCGACGACAACUUCGCCCACCAUGUGUUUGAUGAUUGACCACUGUAAUAGAUUGGUUUGGAGCGGUCACAAGGACGGAAAAAUCCGAUCUUGGAAGAUUGAUCAGCCUGUGGAUGAUUCCAAUCCUCUCAAGGAGGGGCUCUCCUGGCAAGCUCAUCGCGGUCCUGUCAAUUCUAUUGUCAUGAGCUCCUAUGGCGAUAUGUGGUCAUGUUCUGAAGGGGGUGUGAUCAAAAUAUGGCCUUGGGAAUCCUUAGAGAAGUCUCUUGUGCUUAAACCCGAAGAAAAACACAUGGCUGCGUUAUUAGUGGAGAGGUCUGCUAUUGAUUUGAGGAGCCAAGUUACUGUCAACGGUACAUGCAACAUAUCUUCUUCGGACGUCAAGUGUUUGUUAGCUGAUGCAGUUCGAGCUAAAGUGUGGGCUGUGCAGUCCCUGUCUUUCUCAAUCUGGGAUGCUCGGAGCAAGGACCUUCUGAAAGUUUUUAAUGUUGAUGGUCAAGUUGAAAACCGGGUGGAGUUGCCACCGGCACAAGAUCAACAAGUCGAAGAUGAAAUGAAGGUGAAGUUUGUUUCGAGCUCGAAAAAGGAGAAACAGGGAUUUUUGCAACGAUCACGUAAUGCCAUAAUGGGAGCAGCGGGAGCUGUCCGUCGAGUUGCCACAAGAAGUGCAGGAGCAUUUACAGAAGAUACUAGGAAAACUGAAGCAAUUGUGUUGGCUGGAGAUGGUGCAAUCUGGACUGGAUGCCUGAGCGGAUUGCUUAUUCAGUGGGAUGGAAAUGGAACCCGCUUGCGAGAAGUGAAUCAUCAUCAACGGCCCGUGUUGUGCUUUUGUGCUUUCGGGGAUCGGAUAUAUGUGGGUUAUGCAAGUGGUUACAUUCAAGUUUUGGAUCUCGAGGGGAAGCUGAUCGCGAGCUGGGUUGCACAUAGUGACCCUGUGAUAAAGCUAGCCACUGGGGGUGGUUUCGUUUUUAGCUUGGCUAGUCAUGGUGGUUUACGAGGAUGGUAUGUGGCAUCUCCGGGACCUUUGGACAGCAUAAUCCGAUCAGAAUUGUCUGAAAAGGAACCUGUUUAUGCCAGACUAGGCAAUACUAGAAUUUUAAUUGGCACCUGGAAUGUUGGUCAAGGGCGGGCAUCUCAUGGUGCGCUUAUGUCGUGGCUUGGUUCUGCCACAUCAGAUGUUGGCAUCGUCGUGGUUGGGUUGCAGGAGGUAGAGAUGGGUGCAGGUUUCCUUGCCAUGUCUGCUGCCAAAGAAACGGUAGGGCUUGAAGGAAGUGCUGUCGGGCAAUGGUGGAUUGAUGCCAUUGGAAGGGCCUUGGAUGACAAGAAAACUUUUGAACGUAUGGGUUCAAGGCAGUUGGCAGGACUGCUCAUUGCUAUUUGGGUGAGGAAGGAUGCCAGAACACACAUCGGGGACCUUGAUGUUGCAGCUGUUCCAUGUGGUUUUGGACGUGCCAUUGGAAAUAAGGGAGGUGUGGGUUUGAGAAUUAGAGUCUAUGACCGGAUUAUGUGCUUUGUGAACUGUCAUCUGGCUGCUCAUUUGGAGGCUGUUAAUCGGAGAAAUGCAGAUUUCAAUCACAUAUACCGGUCAAUGGUCUUUACCCGAGGGCCGAGUCUACAUAAUGCGGUAGCUGCUGGUGUCUCAGCAGCAUCUCAUGUCCUAAAGAGUAACACUAAUUCAAGCGCCGGCAGCACAGAAGAAGCGAGGCUUGAUUUAGCAACAGCCGAUAUGAUCGCUUUUUGCGGUGAUUUUAAUUAUAGGUUGUUUGGUAUAACCUAUGACGAAGCAAGGGACUUCAUCUCGCAACGUUCUUUCGAUUGGCUGAGAGAGAAAGAUCAGCUUCGAGCAGAGAUGAAGGCCGGAAAAGUCUUCCAAGGAAUGCGCGAGGCUUUAGUCACCUUCCCACCCACUUACAAAUUCGAGAGGAACCGUCCUGGUCUAGGAGGAUAUGAUUCUGGGGAGAAGAAGCGAAUUCCUGCAUGGUGUGAUCGAGUAAUAUUUAGGGACAACCAAUCAAGCCCACCGUCCGAAUGCAAUUUACGAUGCCCGGUAGUUUCAUCGGUCCUAAUGUAUGAAGCUUGCAUGGAUGUGACGGAGAGCGAUCAUAAGCCCGUGCGUUGCAAAUUACAUGCUAACAUUGCUCACGUUGAUAGAUCCGUGCGGAGACAGGAGAUGGGGAAAAUAAUUAGGUCUAAUGAGAGAAUCCGAACCAUUUUCGAGGAGUUGAGUUUGGUUCCAGAGACAACCGUGAGCACUGACAAGAUUCUUCUCCAGAGUCAGGACACUGCAGUCAUUACAAUCACAAACAGUUCAACCUCGGAUAGAGCGAUCUUCAGUAUUGUUUGCUCGGGUCAGACGUUCGUCCGGGAUGAUGGAGAGGAACCAGAUUAUCAUCCAAGAGGCUCCUUUGGUUUCCCUCGCUGGCUUGAGGUCUUUCCAGCAGCCGGGAUGAUAAAUCCCGAGGGCACUGUCGAAAUUAAGGUUCAUCACGAAGAUUUCCACACAUUGGAGGAGUUUGUGGAUGGAAUCCCGCAGAACUGGUGGUGCGAAGACACUCGGGACAAAGAGGUGAUCUUGAUGGUUUACAUUCGGGGCAGCUGCUCGACCAAAACCACAACCCACUCUGUAAAAGUCCGUCACUGCUUCUCGGCUAAACCCUUCAACCCGACGAUUGUGACCAAGAACCUAGGCGGCUCCCGUCAUUAUCAGUCGGAAGCUAGCCUCCGAAGUGGCAGUACUCGACGGGGUAUUCGCUGAAUGAUCAUUUCCUUCGACAUGACAACAACUUUAACUAGAUCUUAGACAGGUAUGUAUCUACUACUACAACCUCGGUUACUGUCUCGUCUAACGGUUAGAAUAUUUGGGCUUUACCCGAUUCUUUGAUUCCUUGGAAACAUCCAUUUUUUUUUUUAUCAGAACCAUAGAUUUUUGUUCAGACUGUUCUACAUUUGAAUACAUCUGAUUUUUCUGUUC